CUCACCACGUGGUUGAUAAUAACAUGGGUGGGCUCGAGAGGGCGGAGGUGGACUGUCAGCAGCAGCAAUGAUUUGGGAAAUAAUAUAGUCACGCAUUAAUUAAGUUAAGUAAUGAUUCAGCUCGCCAGGUUUUGAAAAAUAGAGACAGUGUAAAAGAACCGAAGCUCGACAGGUGACCUUUGGUUGUUUUGUGGCCGGGAGGAGACGUUAGCUAGAGCCGUUAGCUCGUUUAGCUUCCAGGAAGACUGACGAGAAGAGCCCGUCUGCGGUCAUGGCUGCCUUCGGUAACUCCGGAGCUAUUUCCAGUCCCAUGGUGGUCUUGGCUCCGAAGACUAAAACGAAAAAGAAACAUUUCGUGCAGCAGAAGGUGAAGGUGUUUCGAGCCAGCGACCCCGUCCUGAGCGUCUUCAUGUGGGGCGUCAAUCACUCGAUCAAUGAUCUUAACCAGGUGCCUGUUCCCGUCAUGUUGCUGCCUGACGACUUUAAAGCAAACACUAAGAUCAAAGUCAACAACCACCUCUUUAACAAAGAAAAUCUCCCAGGACAUUUCAAAUUCAAAGAGUACUGUCCUCAGGUCUUCCGAAAUCUUAGGGAGCGGUUUGGUAUUGAGGAUCUGGAUUAUCAGGUUUCGUUGACCCGCAGCCCCCCGGUGAGGAGUGUAGACGAUCAGGGAGAGGGUCUGCUCCUCAACUCCUACGACCGGACGCUGGUCAUCAAGCAGAUCUCCAGCGAGGAUGUGGCAGACAUGCACAACAUCCUGUCUGAGUACCACCAGCACAUAGUGAAGUGUCACGGCAGCACGCUGCUGCCUCAGUUCCUCGGGAUGUACCGUGUGAGCGUGGACAGCGAGGAGACGUACCUGAUCGUCAUGAGGAACAUGUUCAGCCACAGACUGCUGGUGCACAGGAAGUACGACCUGAAGGGCUCUCUGGUGGCUCGUGAAGCAAGUGACAAAGAAAGGGGAAAAGAGCUCCCGACCUUCAAGGACAUGGACUUCAGGAACAACAUGCAGAAGGUGUAUGUGACCGAUGAGCAGAAGGAGAAGUUCAUGGAGAAACUCAACAGAGAUGUGGAGUUCCUAGUGCGGCUGAAGAUCAUGGACUACAGCCUGCUGCUCGGGAUCCACGAUGUGGGUCGAGCUGAACGUGAUGAAGAGGAGGGCGAGGAGGUGUCCAACGAGGAAGAUCCAGAUGCAGAGAACGGCCUGGCGGGGGCAGCGGUGGGGUCCUAUGGCACCUCUCCAGAGGGCAUCGCUGGGUACAUGUCCUGCUGCAAACCUCUGGGGCCCGGGGAGUUCGACCCCUACGUGGACGUGUACGCCAUCGGGAACUGCCCAGGAGCCCCUCAGAGGGAAGUGUACUUCAUGGGCCUGAUCGACGUCCUCACUCAGUACGACGCCAAGAAGAAAGCCGCUCAUGCAGCAAAAACUGUCAAACACGGGGCCGGCGCUGAAAUCUCCACAGUCCACCCCGAGCAGUAUGCCAAAAGAUUUCGCGACUUCAUCUCCAACAUCUUUGCGUAACACUCGGCUCCGAACGCUGCCAUCUAUUUUACCCUUCGACCAAAAGAAAAUAGUACGCACACACAGAUCGUUGUUUCUGAGGAUCUGAGGCGGGACUACUUACGUUUGUAGCAACAUAAUGUACUACUUCUGAUGCAUAUAUUUAUUUUUAAGAUGCAGUUCUUAUAGAUAUUAAGCACUCUUUAACGGUUUAACUCUGGAGCAUUAGGGUACACGGAAAUAAACUGCUGUUGAUCAGUGUUAGACCAUGUCAGUGCGAGAUCAAAUAUUUAGUUUUCUUCUUUGUCACUUAAAGUAAGAGUUUGACAUGUUAAGAUCAUAGCCUAUUUACUUUUUUUGCCAAACGUUGAAUGAAAAGAUUGAAACUGCUUUCAUGUUUAAGGUUCCUUGUGUCGUUUUUCACCUCUAGUAACAGUCAAACAGUCAUUUCUCUAUGAGUUGGUCACAAUUUGACAAAUGUGCACCCUGUACACAGUGCCAAUGAAACCCACUACUCCACUGACCUAUAGGCGACACAAAACACAGUUUAAAAGACUGCUAGAAAGGGAACAUGGAUUUUAACAAUGCUGGAUUUAACAUACAUAAAGACUUUACAAAUAUUUUUAUGAGGAGGGAAAUGUAUUACACAUUUGCAUUUAGGAAUGUGUUUUUCACAUGACGUGAACAAAACUUUUGUUUGUUCACAAGAAAACUUCACAAGGGACCUUUUUUAAUGUGAAGCUAUUCAAGCAGAUGCUUAGCUUAGCUUAGCAUAAAGACUGGAAACGGAGGGAAAGGCUAGCCUGGCUCUGUAGAAAGGUAACGACAUCCUCCAUCCAGCACCUCUAAAGAAGCCAAUUAAUGCGCAAAACUUGUCAUUUUGUUCAAACGAAUGAGGAAUAACACGUCUAUAAGUGCAAGGAGCUGUUUGUCAGGGUUUGUUUUCUUUAAACAGCCCUGCUAGCUGUUUCCUGUCUUUAUGCUAAGCUAAGCAAACCAGCUUAUCGCGUUAGCCUUUUAUUGGUUUUAGUAUCCUCUCAUCUAACUCUGGGUAAACAGGUGCUUAAAAAGUGAAACUAUUCUUUUAAUCCUAGAAUAAUAAUGACAUGAUGAUCGGUGUUAAAACAAUAAUGAUAGUCUAUAUUCUACAGUUGGAGCGUAAUAUUAUUUAUCUAUUGAUGCUGUGGGCCAUUUGAAUGUUUAGAGUGCCAAAUGUGUGCGAUCAAAGCUUUAUCCUAAUAGGAUUUGCACCUUGCAUACAAUUUAAAUUAGCUCUGUUGUGACAGAGCAGAAUCGCAAUUAAAAUGGAUCAUGUAUGAUUUUCCUCAAGAUAUUUACUCAAUUUAAAAGAAAAUGUACAGAACAGCCUUGUAAAUUGAAAUGUGUGGUAUUUAAUAGAGAGCACAUUAAAUCAUUUGACUUGUAAACAUGUUGGACAGCGCCUCUUAGCUACAGGAGCCUGUAAAGAGCUUGCAGGGGGGGUUUUAGGAUUAGCCUUUUUUAAAUAAAAUACUUUCAUGUAUCGAUAUCAAAACACUUCCUGAAAUGAGCCCAUCAUUCUGUACGGACUCCUUUAUGAACGUGGUGUUGUGGCAAAUGUGAGAAUCAUUGUGAUGGAUUUAGACAAAGAUAGCAAUAGGAUCUGCUGUCUGUAUUGUAACAUUUGACAUUUAGUGAUAACUAGAGUACUGUGUAAAACACUGGACAUUAACACUACAUUUCAGUAGCUUCUGCAGUUAGCCUUAGCACGGUGGUAUGAUGGAUUAUUCCUGAAUCACUGGCCAGGCAGCGCAGCUCUCUGUUUGAUGCCUCAUCUCCUCGAUGAUUUCACUUGUUGUAUUUUUGAAAAAUCCGUGUUUUGGACCACAAUAUAUUUUACAAGGAAUUUCUGAAA